AUGCGCCUCGCUCUGCUUUCCCUGCUCGUUGCACCUCUCCUCACUGUCGUCGCCGGUGCUGCGACCAAUACAGCAAAUUACGGUCUCAGUAAACUUGCAAAGAGGCAAGACGAAACGUGCAAAGCGGCAGGGGAACAUUGUUGCAUUGAAGCGGAAUGUAUGCAAUGCUGUGAGGGUACAUGCGUACCUAAGGAUAGCAGCGGUACUGGUUCGGACGCAAUCGUUGGGGAGUGUCCUGUAAGUCUAUCAGUCACGCAAAGUGUAUUGCAUUGAGCUUACAGCGUGCUGCUUUAAUGAUAGUCCCAGAGCUCUUAGUGAAAAGGUUGAGAGGAGACGCCCUAGAUGGUUCAAGCUAAACCCACCCAGAGGUGCUGGCUUGGAUGUAAUACCAGAUUGUUGACUGUCGGGGACAGGUUUUCUAUGUAAAAAGAUAUUACUGUAUUUUGUUGACCAACCAAUUACAACAUCUACAAAACGUUUAGUCUCUUCGAG